AAAUGUUGGUCGUUCAAGAAGAUCGACGAUAUUUUCGUGACACAUGAAGGAUUCGUGCAAUCCUUUGAGCUGCGCCACAUCAAUGCGGUCAGCCUGAUCAACGCGCCUUGUCUAUUUCAAUCCGCAACCGCCGCAUGGUCAAGAGGAUUAUCGCGAAGGAAUGUAGGCACAAUGGCUGGGCAUGGCUGAGCUGCGAGCUCUCAUCUGCCUAGGUGAACGGUUCUGCCUUAUUUUCUUCUUUCACUUAUUGAGAUGCUCCGCAUUCACAUCGAAGCAUAUAAGUCCAUAUAUCCUUCGAGCUCUGAAAGAAAAGGUCUCAAGCACAGCCUGCUUCCACAAACAUCGAAUCGCAUCUUCUCAUCCAGGCUAGAGCCUUCCAACUCUAUAUCAAUACCACGCAUCGACAUCGACCAUCAGAACCCAGAUCCUUCUCCUCCAAACACAUCGUACAAUGGAGGCCCCACCGCCAUACCCAGCCAAAGUCGCAACCCCCAACCCUGAGAAUGUGACACCUCUUGGAUCGCUCUCAAGCCUGCCAGCGAAGGUCGACUGUGCAGUCUGCAAAGCACCAGUCAUGACGAGAACGACCAAAAACUCAGGAGACAGAGCACUCAUGUGGGGUGCAAUCCUCUGCGUCUUGACCGGCUGCCUUUGUUGGUUGCCUUGCGUUUUGGAUGAAUGCAAAGACACACGUCACACAUGCAGCAACUGUGGGCGCCCCAUAGCUACAGUCACAAGCAAUGGCGGCGUGCAGAUUGCCCCUGGCGCUGCAACAGUGUCGAGUCAGUAUGAACGUCGGGAUGAAUCUAUGGUGGCCUCGGGCGGUGCUUAGAGAUGUCGCUCGCAUUGGUAUGGAUGGAUGCUGAAGUUUUGGAGCAACACGUGGAGCAGUGAUGGAUAUAUGGUUGGGAUACGGCUGUCGCAGCAGUUCUCCAUCGAGAUCCGCGGAUGCAGAUGAGGAUCUAUUGCCUACCCGAAAGGUCUGAUCUGACUGGAGAUUCUGACGAGGAGCCUGGUCAGGUCUGCCUCUCCCCUGGCCCGAAGUUGAGCUGGCCACCUAUCUUUACUGCACGAGCUACAGAUGCCGUGACGAACGAAUUCGAUGGCACGUUAUGAGUCCUCAAACCUCGUCAGGAAUUCGUCUUAUUUCGAUCUUGCCAGAAGCUCGCAGGAUCACAUAGAUUCGGGGCAGCUUUGGUGUGGCGCUCAUAGCGUGCUUGGCGGUCAGCAAGGUCUCCAAAUAUAUAUUACCU